AUGUCUAAAUCAGGUGCAAAACUUCAAGCAACACAUAUUGUUGAACUUCAUUGCGAAAAUAUGCCAUACACAGUGUAUGAAACUAGAUGGAUUCCGAAUUCAAAGAGAAUUGCAAUUUGCGGAUCACGCCCAAGAGGAACAGGAGUAAUUCAAGUAUACAAAAUGCAAUCUCAAAAAGAGCCAUUCUUGAUGAAAUUACUCGAUAUCGAAACAGAAAACGCUAUCAGAUGUGCAACAUUUGCUGCAACUGAUCCUAUUACAAGAAACAUUGCUGUAGGUGAUCUUGAAGGAAAUGUUAUGACAUUUGAUUUUAACGAAGGCAAGAAAAAUUCAGUAUUCAAAUAUAAAGUACACGAAAAGAUCAUUAACUGCAUUGAUGGUGGUGCUGCUCCAGGCCCAUCUGAAUUAGUUACCGGAUCUAGAGAUGGUAAUGUAUGCAUUGUCGACAUUCGCGCUCAAGAUCCAGCUGUUGCUACAUUAAAACCAGAGGGUACAAUUAGAGAUUGCUGGGCAGUGUCAAUGGGUGGAACUACUGGCCCAUCUGAUCGCUCAGUCAUCGCUGGAUACGAUAAUGGAGAUCUUAAAUUAUGGGAUCUUCGUGCAAAUCAAGUUUCAUGGGAGACGAAUCUUCGUAAUGGUGUUGCUAGUGUUCAAUUUUCAGAUCGCUAUUCUCAGCUUUCUCGUGUUACAGCUGGAUGCUUGACGGGUCAAUUAGUCACAUUUGAUUUAACUGACAAGCCAACAGAUAAAGGAUAUAGAUCUAAUGUUGUUAAGAUUGAUGAUUCAGCUACUGUUUGGAUUGUUCAGCAUUGCCCACAGAAACGUGAUUUCAUAGCAACAACUGGUGGAAGCGGCAAACUAUUAGUUUGGAAGAAAUCUAAGAAAGAUAUUAAAUAUGAGAACGUAUCAUCAUCACAAUUAUCUACCCAACCAAUUAACUCAUUUGAUUGGCAUCCAGAUAAGGAAGGGUUGGCUGUAAUGAGUGCAUAUGAUCAAACUGUACGAGUUGCACUUGUAACUCAUCUUCAAUAA